GACACCCAUGGCCGAUAUUCCUUCCACAUUGUUCUCGAAAGCCCUUUCGACAGCGGCGAAAGCAACAAACCUGCCCACAGUUGAAGAUGAGACUCAGGAUCUCAUCAAAUCAGCUUUGACUGACCUUCUCCACUUAAACUCGAGAAUCAUUGCACUUUCUGUGUUCAGUCCUAAUGAGACCCUCGAGGAUAUAUCCACUCGUGAUCUUGCAUAUCUAUCUGUUCCCUAUGUAUCAGCCGAAGUAGAAAAUCGUCGCAGAACCACGGAUCCAGGGGAACGAAUGGCCCUUCUUGAUCAAGUACAGAACCACCUAAGAUCAUAUUUAGAAAAUCUGGAUAACUAUGAAAUAGUGCAAGAGGCAGAGCGUGCUCUGUACGAGCAGAAAUCUAUUGCAGUCAAGGAUGCCGCCAAACGUCGAGAUAUGAAGAUCAAGCAAUAUCAAAAAGAGAAGGAUUUGCGUGCUAGGAUCGAGUCAUUACGAAAGCGCAGGCAGCAAGUUCCUAUCGUACCCCAUUCCAACACAGACUUUGGUCUUAUUUUAUCGCUUUUGCCGUCACCUUCUCUAUCCCCAACUCCUGACGAUGAAGACGAUUCAGAAACUGAUGAACUUCUCCGCGAAACCUCUCUUCUUCUACUUCGGUUAUUUUAUGUACAAGCACACGCACAACUUGAGAGCUUGGACCAAGAGGUAGAAUUGUUGCGUAGUAUUCCACCUCCACCCAAUCGACAGUCAGUGCCGUCGGCGGAAGACCGAAGGAGCAAGCAGAAAGAGUCAGAUGACAUCUGGAAACUUGAUGCACCAGUGUCCCAGGGUGGUCAAGGUCCUUUAUUAGAUCCCAGCGGGAAGCCUUUACGUCCGUUUGUUAUAUUACCUGCUGGAGCCUCGGAACGUGCACGACUUCAGUCACAAGUUUUUGGUCCAGGACAUCGCUUACCAACUAUGGCAAUUGAUGAGUAUUUGGAGAUCGAACGUCAAAGAGGCAACUUCUUAACCGGUGGAGGUGCACAAUCUGCGGCAGAACCUACGUCCUCUGAACAACUAGCUGUCGAUGCUGAAACAGAUGGUACGGCAUUCGGUGAAAUGAAAGCAGAGGAAAAGAGACAAAAGGAUGAGAACUGGGCACAAUAUACAGACACGAACCCCAAGGGCGCAGGAAAUACUAUGAAUCGUGGUUGACGUGGGAUGCAAGAAGCGGUUUACAAUCUUUACUAUGAUGUUAAAUUGCGACACGAAUUUGAAUUCGGGUGUCUUGUAGCGCCAAUUCUUCCAAUUCGAAACCUGAUAACGAUAAUAGAUUAACGACUACUCACCAGG